AUGGAGGGAGAGGGCUGUAAUUCUGGGGUAGCGAUGGACUCAGGAAACCCCUUACUGAGAGCAGUCUUCCUCCGUCGCCUGCGACUCACACGGCUGCUCCUGGAGGGGGGCGCUUACAUUAACGAGAGCGACAGCCAAGGCCAGACACCGCUGAUGGUGGCCUGCAGGACCCAGCAUGUUGACGCCCAGAGCGCCAGCCGGGUCAAACUGGUCCAGUUCCUUCUGGAGAAAGGAGCGGACCCCGACAUCCAGGAUAAGGAGGGUCGCUCUGCGCUGAUGCACGCCUGCCAGGAGCACGCCGGCCCCGAGGUGGUGUCUCUGCUCCUGGGCAGUGGAGCGGACAUUAGCCUGGAGGAUCAGUCCGGGACGUCAGCGCUGGUCUACGCCGUCAUGGCUGGAGACUGGACGGUCCUGAAGCUGUUGCUUGACACGUGCAAGGCCAAGGGAAAGGAGGUGAUCAUCAUAAACACUGACAAACUCCCAUGUGGGAAACUGCAAGCCAAGCAGUACCUCAGCAUGCCUCCCCUCGGUCCUCUCGAUCAGACAGACAAAAUCACAUCGGCAGCUCCUGCAUCUCCCUCAGAUAUCCAGCUCAUCACCUCCCCCCAGUGCACCUCCUCCUCCUUAUGUCCCCCAAAGCCCGUCUUCUCCUUUAAAGAAGGCCAGUCCUGUGGCGUAAGCUCCCAUCCAUGUUCCCCGUCACGGUUGCGAGGGCUCAGCCAAGCAGCGGCGAACAGACUGCAGCAGCCCCUCCUGAGACUGAACUCUGAGCCCUGGCUGAAGAUCCCGUCCUCUCUGCUCACCCAGCAGCCUCACGCAGCCUCGUCUUCACAAAAUGGACAAGACUUCAACCAAACUGAGGACCUUUCUUUCAGAGUUCCCAAACUGGACGGCUUCAAAUGUUACGAAGGACGAUUGCCGAGGGAUAAAGGGGUCGAGGGAGCCGGCAAGAAUGAUUGUGCCAAACACGCAGGACAGAAGAUAUCUCUACCAGGUCUCCUAUCGUCCCACUCUGCCUCCCAUCCUAACCUCCAUUCUGAAAACCUUGGAACAGACUCCAUCGCCUCCUCCUCCUCUUCCUCCUGCCUGUCUGGUGGCAAAAACCAUGUUACUCCUCUUCACAGCAUGGCCUCGUCAAGCCUUCACAGCAUCAUCCAGAGGCGCAAGCUGGGCGCAGACAUCUACAGCUCUGACCCCCAGCUCGCUUUGGACAUGCAAACCCUCCCGGAGGAGCAGAGAGCGAGAGGCCCAACAGACGGCAAGAAGCUGGCCCCCUUACGUUGCUCCAGCACCCUGGGCUCCAGGGAGUCGGGCCCGAACAGGAGAGUGCUGUCUGGGUACGAGCGCAGAGGGUCCGGUGCCUUCUUGUUGGACCACAACUCCCAAGCCAGGCCGAGGUCUCUGCCACCUCUGACCCUCAGCUCCACGUCCAACGCUCCCGUCCUUAACGUUUACAACUCCGGUGCCGGAGGUGGUUUCUCUGAGAAAGAGUCCGGCCUAAAACAUUUCCUCCCCUUGGCUCCUCCUGGACACCCCAAGGAGCUGACCAGGAGGAUGCUGCUGAGGAGACACUCGAUGCAGACCGAACAGUUCAAAACCACAGCCUGA